AAACGGUUACUAUUUUUCACCCCUCCAUUAUUCGCACAAUCUUACCCCACGCCCUCCCCCCUAUAUAAUUGCGGAGUACGAGGACCGGAGAAAGCUACCUUCUUCAUCGUUUUCUCUCUCCUGUAGACCUUCGUACCUUUUCGUCUUCGAUCAUCAUCAAUUCAUCAUUGUUUCUCGAUUUCUAGGAUUCUUUUCUACGAUCGUUUAUUCAAUUUUGUUUUUUACCAGCGGCUCGCCAAAAUGAAAUCAAGCACAUCGACCCUGAAUCCACAUGCUGCUUCAUACGUACCAGUCUCAAAGAGAGAAGUAAAGGACCAUAAAGGGUCUAAGACCCUUCCUGUGAAAGCUGCUGUUUUAGUUAAUGAUCUCCCUGCUAAGGAUGACUACAAGCUUAAGAUAUCGUUUGAAAAGUUUCAGGAAACAGACAGUAAAUUCAUUGAUGAAGAGUCUGAAAUGGACCUAGCUUAUCUCCAGAUGAUGUUUCCUGGUGUUUCUGAUCAGUCUGUUGCCGAUGUCUAUAAUGUCAAUAGCGGCGACUUGGAUGCUGCAGUUGACAUGCUGACCCACUUGGAGUCUGUUGAGAAUGUUCAGGAUGGUUUCAAUAUUGAACAGUUCGAGGAGCCUGUUUCUUCGAGUGAGUGCUCAUUGGCGAAGGCCGUAAAUGUGGCAGGUGAAUCUAGCAGCUCUGCACGUCCAUCUGAUUUAGCUGUUGCUACCUGAUCUAUCUCCAUGGAAAUCAAAUGUCAACAGCUCAACUUAGUUUUACAUUGAUUUAUGUGAAUACAAGAGUGGUUAAAUAACUGGAGCCCCUUAUGCUUUUAGUUGUAUAGUUAUUUUUGCUACUUACUUCAAACAAGAACAUCUUUGUUCUUUAGGAGAGUCAUUACUCGUUGGAUUUAUUGGUCAAUUGGCUGUUUGUCUGAAACAAAUUCAGCAAACUCUUGAAAUUAGGUUAAUUUCCACUUGCCUUGGUACGUUGAUGAUCUUUGUCAAUGGUGUGGGCUUAGGUUCCACAGUAGUUGUCAGAGAUUGCAACUGAUCAAGUGUUUGGAAUUUAGGAUGUCUGUGAUGCUCAUAUCGAGUAACAUGAUGUAUGUAGCAAGUUUUUAUUGGUCUGGUAAUUUGGAAAAUCUGUGGAAAUCGAUUUUGUAAGCAGAGUGGUAUGAUGUUUGCUUCACUCGUGUUACUGGUUUGCAAUUAUUCAGUCAACUUGGCUCUUGGUCAUCUUUGUAA